AUGAUAGAUAAUGAAGAUCAAUUCAGUGACUUCGAAGAUGAUGAAUUUGAUUCUUUAUGGCAAAAAAAUAUUAAUAAAGAAGUCACUACUGUAGUGACAAAAAGGGCGAUUCCAGCACAGAGAAACUUAUAUGGCGAAGUUUUACCAGGUCAAAAAACCUUUUAUGAAGAAGUCCAAACGUCCACUGUCUUUAAACCUACUCAUCACAAGUUAAAAAGUGAUCAAUUAGGUUAUUAUGUUUAUCCGACUAAUUUUGAGGUCAGAGAAUAUCAAUAUAAUAUUGUUAAAAAAGCACUAACAGAAAAUGUAUUAUGUGCUAUUCCUACUGGUAUGGGUAAAACAUUCAUUGCAAGUACUGUAAUGCUUAAUUUCUUCCGAUGGAGUGAAACAGGUAAAAUUAUAUUUACUGCACCUACCAGGCCAUUAGUAGCACAACAAAUCAAGGCUUGUCUAGGUAUAACUGGUAUUCCAUAUGACCACUCCGCCAUUCUUCUAGAUAAAUCAAGGAAAAAUAGAGAGGAAAUUUGGAAAGAGAAACGUGUAUUUUUUACUACACCACAAGUAGUUGAAAAUGAUUUGAAAAGAGGUGUAUUAGAUCCCAGAGACAUUAUAUGCCUGAUUAUCGAUGAAGCUCAUAGGGCAACUGGAUCUUAUGCAUAUUGUAAACUUGUUCAAUUCAUCGAUAGAUUCAAUUCAUCAUAUAGAAUUCUAGCAUUGACAGCCACUCCUGGUAGUGAGAUCACCAACGUUCAAGAAGUAGUAAAUAAUUUAAAUAUUUCCAAGAUUGAAAUUAGAACAGAAGAGAGUAUGGAUAUAGCAAAGUACAUGAAAAAAAGAUACAAAGAAAAAAUAGAAGUUUCAUUAACAACUGAAAUAGAAGAUAUCAUUGAACAAAUAGGAAUAGCGAUUACUCCCACAUUACAACAAGCAGUUGAAUUAGGAAUCUAUGAUGAUUGUCCACCAUCAUAUAUUAAUGCAUUUGUUGCAUUACAGAAAAGUCAACAGAUUAUAUUGAAUCCAAGUUUACCCGAGGGAAUCAAGUGGAGAAAUUACUUCAUAUUACAAUUGCUUAAUCACGUAGGUCAAAUGAUGAAGAGAAUAAAAAUUUACGGUGUAAUUACUUUUUAUAAAUACUUUCAAAAUAAACAUAAAGAAUUUACUACGAAAUACAGUUUAGGGAAAUCAACUAACAAGAUAGCUGCCAGUUUUUAUUAUCAUCCAAUGAUCAAAACUAUGAUGGAUGCCUGUGACAAACAUGUCAAAAACAGUAAUUUUGUAAGUCAUUUGAAGUUUCAACACAUUCAAGAAGAACUGCAUAAUUUUUUUAUAGAUGGAAGAUCGGAUUCAAGAGUCAUCAUUUUUACAGAAUUGAGAGAUAGUGCUCUUGAGAUUGUCAAAUAUAUUGAUAAUCUUAAUAUUAAAACAAUCAUACCCCAUAUCUUUAUUGGGCAAGCUAAAGGUAAAGAGGGGUUUGAUGAGGUGGAAUAUAAUAAGAAACAUAAACCAAAGGGACGAAAGAAAGCUGAAAGACUAAAACAGCGAGAAGAAUUUGUUGCAUUAGAAGAAGAGAAAAAGAAGAAACUUGAGAAAGAAAGUGCCGAAAGGUCUGCAAGAAGGACAUUCAGUUCAGAAGAAGCCCAGCUCAAAGGGAUGACCCAAAAACAACAAAAAGAAGUGAUAAGUGACUUUAAAAAGGGUAUUUACAAUGUUCUUGUUUGUACAUCAAUCGGUGAAGAAGGUCUAGAUAUUGGUGAAGUCGACUUGAUUAUUUGUUUCGAUACAACUAGCAGUCCCAUAAAGAACAUCCAAAGAAUGGGUAGAACAGGUAGAAAACGAGAUGGUAAAAUUGUUUUAUUGUUUGCUAGCAACGAAUCUAAGAAGUUUGAAAAAGCAAUGGAAAGCUAUUAUGAUCUGCAAAAACAGAUAGGACAAAACUUUGUUUUAUACAAAGAUUCCGAUAGAAUUUUGCCGAAAGAUAUAGAACCUGAGUGUAUUAAAGAAUUUAUUCAAGUAGGGGCUGAAAAUGAAGAAAUAAACAAUAUAAAUGAUUCAGAUGAAGUGAUUAGAUACGCAACACAAUGCAUGAAUGGAAAAAAACCAAAAAAGACUAAGUCAAGCGUUUACAAAAAAGAAAAAGCUGCAUCUCAAAAGAGAUUUUUUAUGCCUGAUAACGUUGUCACUGGAAUCAUAUCAGCUAACUCACUUGUGAGAAAAGUGCAAGUAGUAAAAGAUCCAGAGAUAUACAUACCUUCAGAACAUAAACCAAAAGAAGAGUUCACCUUACUUGAUGAAAUCGAAGAUGAAUUAUUUGCGAGUCAGUCACCACAAAAGAAUGACGCUUAUACAAAUGAUGUUUUUUUAAGCGACAUGCCUUUAAACUUAGUGACCUCCAUUGUUUCUAAAUAUGAUAUACCAAAAAUCGAGCCAUCUAAUUUUACAGCUUUCAAAAAGCAAACAAUGACAAUUAAUAAAUUAGAGAGUAAUUCUUUAACAGAUACACACGAGUUGAUGACAAUAGAUAAUGUUGAAUCUAACAAAACAGAAAAAAUGAUAGAGAAUGUUUCUCUUCUUUCAGAUGACGAGGAAAUCAAAAGUAUUCCUAAAGAUUCAUUUGUCAAGGUAAAUGCUUUAGAAUUAGAUAAUAAGUCAAUUGAGCGUAGUGCUUCAAAAUUAAAAGACUCAAGAAUGGAUAGCACUUUAUUCAAAAAUAAAUUUCGAAGUUCAGAUGGUCUUCUAACAAAAAUAGAAAAACUUUAUUUUUCAGAUAAUUAUUCACCAAAAUACACUGUAAGUAUAGAUACAAUACCGAACUUAAAAAUCACUACUGAACGCAACUAUGUUGCUCAUAAUACCCAUGUUCAAAAGAUAUUAAAUAUUUUUAAAAAAAUGAAUGAAAACGAUACACAAACCCAAAUCGAUAUCAACAGAUCCAAAUGUAUCGCAAGAGGUAUUAUGGGAGGAAAUAUCAAUUUAAUCGAUGAAACCGAUUGUAAUUCAUCUAUAAUCUCAAAUUCAGAUAUAAGUUUCAAUAUGAGAACCAGUGAUGAUUCAACUAAAUUGUCAAGCACACAAAAUGAAAAGUUAAAUGAAUUGCUUGAUUCAGAUUCAGACUUUUAA